AUGUCUGCCAUUACAGCAACAGUUAUUGGCUUGCUUAAAACAGGUGACCACAUUGUUUCUUCACGUAGUAUCUUCGGUACUAUAACUGUGUUGUUUAAUAAUUUCAUAGCUAAACUGGGUAUUGAAACCACGUUUGUUGAGCUAUCAGAUUUAUCCGCAUGGGAAGCUGCGAUAAAACCUGAAACAAAACUAUUGUUUGUGGAAACACCAUCGAAUCCAUUAACUGAAUUAGUUGAUAUUGCGGCACUUGCUGAAAUCGCCCAUAAACACGGUUGCUUGUUAGCGGUUGAUAAUUGUUUUUGUACGCCAGCGUUGCAACAGCCAAUCGCGCUAGGUGCGGAUAUUGUUAUUCACUCAGCAACAAAAUAUAUUGACGGGCAGGGUCGCUGCAUUGGUGGCGCAGUCUGUGGUACAAAAGAUGUUGUAGGCGAAGGUGUUUAUGGUUUCUUGCGAACUGGAGGGCCUAGCAUGAGUCCAUUUAACGCUUGGGUAUUCUUGAAAGGUUUAGAAACAUUAAAGCUACGCAUGAAUGCACACUGCGCUGGG